GUAACGAUACUUGACAGUUCUUAAAGGUAGGCUUGAAAGGAGCCCAGAGCCAAUCUUCUGUCGGAAAACAUUCCUUUAUCUCCUUCACCAUGGGUGAAUGGAUUCUUGGUCUUGUCGCGCUGGUGUUCUGUUUCCACAAUAUAUUCGCAGAGAUGGUUUUGACUCAGUCCCCGUCUGUCUCAACUACUGCGGGACAAACUGUAAAGAUCACCUGUACCAUGUCAGGAGACAGCAUCGGUAACUACUACGUGAGCUGGUACUGGCAGAAACCCGCCAGCGCCCCUGUCUAUGUGUGGCAUGGAAGCUAUGGUAUAGGUCCCGGCAUUCCAAAUCGAUUUCUUGGUUCCGUGGACUCAUCGAGCAACCGGCUACUUUUAACCAUCACCAACGUGCAACUGGAGGACGCCGCUGAUUAUUACUGCGCUGUGGAUAAAAAUUAUAUCUUCACCUUCGGGAAAGGAACCAAACUGAACUUGAGCAGUCGGCGCGCCCCCGUGGUGUCGGUCCUCCAACCUCCAACGGAAGAAAUCAGGCGAAAAGGUACGGCCACCCUGGUGUGUUUGGUGAGCGGGUUUAAUCCGGGCGCUGUGAACAUCGAGUGGACUGUGGACGGCAGUACGAGAAAGAAUGGCGUUGUGACCAGCCGGGUCCAUCAGGAGACGGACAACACGUUCAGUGCGAGCAGUUACCUGACUCUGCCAGUUUCAGUCUGGAAAUCACACGAGCGUUACUCCUGUGUGGUUGAACACGAGACUCAGGCAACCCCGUUUAAGGCAAACAUCGCGAGAUCCAGUUGUAUGUGAUUCAAGCAACCUAUGUGCUGAUUCGUUACAUUUUAAAAUAAAUAUCAUGUUUCGAUACGA